CGGACUCAGGUUGUCAAGCUCUUUCGAAGUGGUUCUUUGCAGGUUCCACCGUUCUUUCCACCGUUCUUUCCUGGUUCAGCCCUUUAGGCUCAUCUAGCUCGGACUGACGUUCGACUUGGAUUCGCCCCCCAAUCUCCACCGUCGUGGAUCAUGGAGUCUCAGGCUCAGGCGUGCGGAGUCUUGAAGUAUACGAAGAUCUGCCGACAUUGGCGAAGCGGUAGCUGCUUCCGCGGAUCCAGCUGCGACUUCGCACACUCUGACCUGGAAUUGCGCGAGGCUCCCAACUUGGUGAAGACGCAGCUUUGCUUCCGUUUCAACUCGAAGGGUCGGUGCAACAAGGGCUCCUUCUGCCGCUUCGCGCAUGGCCUGGACGAACUGCAGCAUGUUGCCGCGGCGCCCAACGGGCGUCUCAACGAGGAGCCGAUGAAGGUCCGCCUACCCGAGCUCCCUUUGCGGCCACCGCCGGGCUUGGAGCAUUUGAAGCCGUUGAGCCUUUUGGACUUGGAGACUUUGAGCUGCGUUUCCACCUCUGAGAGCACCCCCAGGGAAGAGCCAAGUGGCAAGGAGGCAGACAGGGCAGGAUGGGGUGGCUUGAGACUCGCAUUUCAUCUGCUCAGGGAACCCAAGUUAAAACGCUUCUGAACCUUAGUCAUACCUGCAGUACAUGGUACAUGGCAGACAUGGGUAGCCAAGGGUUUGGAAGGUUUGGUGAACCAUAGGCAGAUCUAAGCAGGCAUUGGAACCGUGACUGCGGGUCUCCCCCGGGGAGGUUCAGAGACAGGUCCGAUUUAUCCGAUAAUUUGUGUUUGGUUUUGUAUACACAUCACUUGAUUUAUCUCCCCAGGUUUUGACACCCCUUAGGGGCCUAGAUGGGCCGGGUCUCUUGGGUCUCCUGGGUCUGGGUGUCGUGCCCCAGCCACUGUGUUCCUUCCUGCUUCGGCCGACCGGUGCUCAAACCCCCAACCCUCAAAGACUGGCUGCCAUGCUGCUUGCAGCGUCGGCGGCUGGUGUGGGGCGAAAAAACUGAAUAAAAGGACACCUGCAACGACCCCAAUGGCCUCAUGGGUGUUGUUGAGUCAUUUACGCUGCCUUUUUGACUGCCUUGCGACAUGAGAGGUCGUCGUUUUUUAUCCGUGAGAGGUCGUUAUUCUUGGAACACCUCCGCGAGAAAGAACACCUUCGACGUUUCAGAAACCUUUCAUAGCACACACCCACAGCCCUGACACUCAAUAAAAGGGGUUGAAGAAUGCAUCGCCUGCAAACAUGUACUCAAAGGAUACACUAUACCCUCAUGAGGGGUCACUGUAAAGAAGACAAAGAAGGACCUUGCGAUGGGAUGUGACGGAAUGAGCGAACUUCAUUGGUCUUUCUUGGAAUGAACUCCCUGUCUAAGAGGACGCC